AUGGCGAUAUGGAUGCAGCCAGUCCAGUCUGCUUCAUCAGGAACCUCUUCUUGUCCCCAGUGGGAAGAAAGAUUCAGAACCAGGGCUGGACUGCUGACUGACAAACAGUGCAGCUUUGCAGCAGAUAUUGGUCAGCAGGGGGUUGUAGUACAACAUAAGACCAGCCUAAGGAGAAGGUGUGAAAGCGUGACUGAAGGAAGUGAUGAAACAGGAAGUAGAACCCUCCUAAACAGAAUCUACACUGAUCUCUACAUCACAGAGGGACUAAAUGAAGAGGCAAUUAUGCCACAUGAGGUGAAGCAACUGGAGAAAGUUUCCAAAAUCCAGAACUUCCAUGAUACUCCCAUCAGAUACCAUGACAUAUUUAAAGCCUCAGCUGACCAACACGGACCAAUCAGAGUAGUUCUGACCUACGGUGUUGCUGGUGCUGGAAAAACCUUCUCAGUACAGAAGUUCACACUGGACUGGGCAGAGGGCUUGGAGAACCAGGAUGUCAGUGCGGUGGUUCUGCUUUCCUUCAGGGAGCUGAACCUGAUCAGAGAUCAGCAGCACAGUCUUCUCACGCUGCUCCAUGUUUUCCAUCCAACCCUCCAGAACCUCCCAGCAGAGAAGCUGGCUGUCUGGAAGCUUCUCUUCAUUUUUGAUGGCCUGGAUGAAAGCAGACUUUCUCUGGACUUCAACAACAGUGGACUUGUUUCUGACAUCACACAGAAGUCAUCAGUCAAUGUUCUGAUAAUGAACCUCAUCAAGGGGAACCUGCUUCCCUCGGCUCUGGUCUGGAUAACUUCCCGACCUGCGGCAUCCAAUAAGAUCCCUCCUUCCUUUGUUUCCAGGGUAACAGAGGUACGAGGCUUCACAAACGCCCAGAAGGAGGAGUACUUCAGAAGGAGGUUCAAUGAUGAAGAGGAGAAGGCCAGCAUAAUCAUCUCUCACAUCAAGACCUGCAGGAGCCUUAAUGUCAUAUGUGGAAUCCCCGUCUUCUGCUGGAUCACGGCUAUCGUUCUAGAUGAUCUGAUGACCACAGAGCAGAGAGGAGAGCUGCCCAAGACUGUGACUGACAUGUACUCACACUUUCUGCUGGUCCAGAUCAGGAGGAAGAAGAAAAAGUACCAUGAAGGGCAUGGUAGAAGUCUGCAAGAGUUGAUGGAGGCUGACAAGAAAGUUCUUCUGAACCUGGGGAGGCUAGCAUAUGACCAUCUGAUAGAAAAAAACAUUGUGUUCUAUCAAGAGGACCUGGAGCAGGUUGGUCUGGAUGUAAAAGAGGCCUUGGUGUGCUCAGGGGUUUUUACAGAGAUCUUCAAAAGAGAAAGCUUGAUCUUCCAGACACCAGUUUACAGCUUUGUUCAUCUGAGUGUCCAAGAGUUUCUGGCUGCAGUCUACAUGCUCCACGCUUUCACUAGCAGGAACACAGAGGUACUGAGACGCUUCCUGGGAAAAGACUACACUGAAACAUUUCUGGACGAUUUUCUGUUGAGAGUUAUGAAGGAAACCUUCAAAAUUGAAAAUCUCCACCUCGAACUGUUUGCACGCUUUCUUCAUGGCCUCCUUGUUGAAUCUAACCAGAGACUCUUAGGAGGCCUGCUGGGUCAAAUUGAAAACAAUCCAAAAACCAUGAAAAAAAUAAUCAGCAAUCUUAAGGAGAUAAAAAACGGUAAUGGCUGUCCAGAUGCAGCCAUUAAUACCUUCCACUCUUUGGUGGAAAUGGGGGACCUCUCAGUUUAUCAGGAGAUUCAACAGUUCCUCAAAUCAAAGAAAAGAUCAAAAAAGCUUUCAGAGAUUCAGUGCUCAGCUCUGGCCUAUAUGCUGCAGAUGUCAGAGGUGGUUCUGGAUGAGUUGGACCUAGAGAAGUACAACACAACAGAUGAGGGACGACAUAGACUAAUGCCAGCUAUUUUGAACUGCAGAAAGGCUCGAUUUGUUAACUUUAGUUUGACAGAGAGGCACACUAUUUUGGUCUGUUUUUUGAGGCACCACCCACCCCAUUUGACAGAACUGGACCUGAGUAUCACCAACCUGACAGAUGACGCAGUAAAGAAUCUCUGUAGUGUUCUACAGACUCCACUCUGCAGACUACAGAUAUUGAGAUUGUGUAACUGCAAGUUGUCAAAGAUCAGCUGUGCAUAUCUGAGUGCAGCUCUGAAAUCCAAUCCCUCCAAUCUGACAGAACUGGACCUGCUGGGAAAUAACCUGAAAAAAGCAGAUGUUCAGGAGCUUGAAGAUCUAGUAACACAUCCAGGCUACAAACUGGAGACUCUGUUGUGGGUGUCUCUUUAGAGACAUGCAGCUAAUCUCUCCUGAUGAUUCACAGCAGUUGAAGCUGCAGUUUGGAAACUGACUGGAUCUUGAUGGACUCCUAUUGUUAGAUAUGUAUUUAUGUUUGUUAAAUAGUGUGCUAUAUUGUAUGUGUUCAGAAAAUUUUUAAUUGAAUGAAA